CUCAAUCUCUUUCUUCUACUUCAAUGGCUCUUCUCUGAAACAUUUCUUUUGUCAAACAGAUAAUGUCGUUUCUCCCAUCUCUCUUCCCAGUUUCACUAUUGCUCUGCUUCUUCUGCUCUUUAAAUGAAGCUACGACAGAGUUCGACUUCUCCACGCUCGCCAUCAGCAACCUGAAGCUUCUCGGCGACGCUCGUCUCAGCAACGGAAUCGUCAGCCUCACACGUGACCUCUCCGUUCCCAACUCCGGCGCCGGGAAAGUCUUGUACGCAAACCCAAUCAGAUUCCGACAACCCGGAACUCAUUCUCCGACAAGUUUCUCCACCUUUUUCUCCUUCUCCAUCACAAACAUCAACCCUUCUUCAAUCGGCGGCGGUCUCGCCUUCGUUAUCGCCCCAGACGGAAACACAAUCGGCGCCGCCGGUGGCUCGCUAGGUCUCGCCGCCCCCGCCGGGUCCAAAUUCGUCGCUGUGGAGUUCGACACGUUGAUGGACGUCGACUUUAAGGACAUUAACAGCAACCACGUCGGAUUCGAUGUAAACGGCGUCGUUUCGUCUGUUUCUGGAGAUCUCGGCACUGUAGACAUUGAUUUAAAAAGCGGCAACACCGUUAAUUCGUGGAUCGAAUACGACGGGUUGACUCGGGUCUUCAACGUAUCCGUCUCUUACUCGAAUCUGAAACCAAAGUCUCCUGUUUUGUCUUUCCCUCUCGAUCUUGACCGUUACGUGAACGACUUCAUGUUCGUUGGUUUCUCCGGGUCUACUCAGGGAAGCACUGAGAGCCACAGCAUCGAGUGGUGGAGCUUCAGGUCAUCCUUCGGGUCGGGUCCCGGGUCUGGAUCCGGAUCCGGACCCUCUCCUCCGACUGCUAAUUUAGUGAAUCCGAAAGCUAAUUCGGUUAACUCUCCGCCGCCGAUUGCCUCGCAACCGUCUUCCUCCGCCGUUCCGGUCAGCUCUCUUUCGAAAACUCCGUCGUCGUCGUCUUGCCGCAACCACUUGUGUAAAGAGAACCGUGGAGCAAUCGCCGGAGUGGUAACCGCCGGAGCUUUCUUCUUAGCGCUAUUCGCCGGCGGUUUGUUCUGGGCCUACUCGAGGAAGUUCAAACGCGUGGAGAGGCAUGACUCCUUCGCGUCGGAGAUCAUCAAAGCUCCUAAAGAGUUCAGCUACAAGGAGCUCAAAGCCGCCACGAGGAGCUUCAACGAGAGCCGAAGCAUCGGACACGGCGCCUUCGGGGUUGUCUACAGAGGCGUUCUCCCCGAGACGGGAGACGUCGUCGCUGUGAAACGGUGUAGCCACAGCUCGCAAGACAAGAAGAACGAGUUCAUGUCGGAGCUAUCCAUCAUCGGAAGCCUCAGACAUAGGAACCUUGUCCGGUUACAAGGAUGGUGCCACGAGAGAGGUGAGAUUCUGUUGGUGUAUGACCUUAUGCCUAACGGUUCGCUUGAUAAGGCUUUGUUUGAGUCACGGUUCCCGUUGCCGUGGGAUCACCGGAAGAAGAUCUUGCUUGGAGUUGCGUCGGCUCUUGCGUAUCUACAUAGGGAGUGUGAGAAUCAGGUGAUACACAGAGACGUGAAGAGCAGUAACAUAAUGCUAGACGAGAACUUCAACGCUAAGCUAGGAGAUUUCGGGUUAGCUAGACAAAUCGAACACGAUAAAUCACCGGAAGCGACGGUCGCCGCCGGGACGAUGGGGUACUUAGCGCCGGAGUAUCUUUUAACGGGUCGCGCCACGGAGAAGACGGACGUUUUCAGCUACGGGGCGGUGGUUCUUGAAGUGGUUACGGGGAGGAGACCGAUCGAGAAGGACUUGAAUGUGCAGAGACAAAACGUUGGGGCGAAUCCGAAUUUGGUAGAAUGGGUGUGGGGUUUGUAUAAAGAAGGGAAAGUUACGGGUGCGGCGGAUUCGAGGCUUGAAGGUAAGUUCGAUGAAGGGGAGAUGUGGCGGGUUAUGGUGGUGGGCUUAGCUUGUUCUCAUCCGGACCCGGAGGCUCGGCCCACUAUGCGGUCAGUGGUGCAAAUGCUGAUUGGUGAGGCUGAUGUACCGGUUGUGCCUAAGUCGAGACCGACUAUGAGUUUUAGCACUUCGCAUUUGUUGCUGAGCUUGCAAGAUACUUUAUCUGAUUGCAAUACUUUGGCGUUGAAUUCUAGUAGGUCUUCGUCAUGGUCUGUGCCGGAACAUAAUGUUAUGAUUAGAGGUGACGAUGACCAUAUGGUAUAGAUGGAGAUGUAUUUUGUGUUGUUUUGAUUAUUUGAUUUGUGUUGUAACAUUCAAUUCAUUUUAUGAGUUUAUUACGGGUUUAACUUUGUAUGACAAAAGUUACGAGUUGAAUU